UAGGCAGAACUUUUUUUUAAAAAAAACAGUAAUCUUCAUUUAUUUAUUUUUUGCAACUGCGUGUGUGGGUGCUUUGUUUACCAAUUUGAAAUGCUGCAACAAAUUCUGCGGGAUAUGUAUAUUGAUCCGGAGUUACUGGCUGAACUGAAUGAAGAACAAAAGCAUGUCCUCUUCUACAAGAUGAGGGAAGAACAGGUCAGGAGAUGGAGGGAACGGGAGGAAAAAGCCCAUGAGGGAGAGGCUGUGCUGAAGAGGACAGCAAGACUCAAGCAGAAUAAUGGGAAGCAAGUACAAUGGCUCAGUGGGACUGACGGCGAAGUCUGGGUUUGGAUUAUGGGAGAAGCUGAUGGGGACAAGGCAUAUGAGCAGAUUUCAGAGGAACUUAUUUCAGAAAGAGCCAGACAUCAAGCCCAGAAAGAAGCAGAAGAAUUAUGGAAGCAAAAAGAAGCUGAAAUUACAAAGAAGUUCCGGGAUGCUAUGGCUAAGGAGAAAGCUCGAAUAGUGGCAGAGAAGUGGAAAACAGAGAUAGAUGAUCGCAAAGCAGCCAAAUUGAUGGAGGAGAAAAUCCAGGAGGAAUUAAAGAAAAGAGAGGAGGAAGAGAGGCAAAGAGGUGAAGAGCAGAUACGGCUCCAGGAAGAACGCAGAGCUCAGGAGCUGUACCUGAGCCUCAAGCAAGACGAGCAGGAUAGCCAACAUAAUGAAAAAGAGGACCAUGAAUGGGAAGCACAGCUACGGCGUUCCAAAGCUGCUGAUGAAGAAAGGAGCCAUAAAGCACAGCGUGCACGGGAUGAGUAUCAGCGGCAAUCCUUGCGGGCCAUUCAAAAAGGAAAAGUGGCUGGUCUAAGUCACCUGUUCCAGGCAGCUGGUCUGAAUAUUGAGCAAGAAGCAAAGUUGACCAACAUCUGUCCCAUCCAGCCAUUGACUGUGAUGGUCCCAACGAGCAAAGCCUGGGAACGGCCUUCAAGGCCUUUCUCCAGAGAAGUCAUAAUUCAGUGGUUCAAAGAAGAACAGCUUCCACGCCGUGCUGGAUUUGAAAGGAACUCUAAUACUGUUGCUCCUUGGUUUCAUGGCAUUAUUAGUCGCCAAGAGGCAGAAGAGCUGCUGAUGAACAGGUCUGAAGGAGCGUUCUUGGUGCGGGUCAGCGAGAAAAUCUGGGGAUACGCCUUGUCCUACCGCCAUCAGAGUGGCUUCAAGCAUUUCCUGGUGGAUGCGUCUGGAGAUUUCUACAGCUUCUUAGGGGUGGAUCCUAACCGCCAUGCCACACUCACAGACCUUAUUGAUUUCCACAAGGAAGAAAUCAUCACCUCUUCCGGUGGGGAGCUUCUCCAAGAGCCUUGCAGACAGACAAAGAACCCGCCUGACUACAGUCCCCUUUUUGAAUGACUGCUCUUGUUGUUUUUAAUUUUAGGACCAUCGCAAAUUUUUCUGGAGAGCAGAAAUAAUUAGUGAAAUAACCCCACCUUGAGAAAUAAGAUAAGAAUGAUCACCAGCUAAUGGCCAUCAAACUUUAAUCAAUAAAAGUCUUACAUAGACUAUCCCUUUUAAAAUAAA